GAGUGGGUGUGCAGUUCGGAGGUUAACGUGAAGGCGAGAUCCGAACGAUCACAGUUCUUUGACGAAUGUUCCGAGAAUGCGUUGAAUUGAUUACGGUCCGACGAAUUUCGGCUUUGGGAAUGGAUCCGACCGUGCUACUGUUCCUUCUAACUGCGUGCAUUCUGGAACUGGCGGUGGGUCAGCAAGGUCCUGUGUUUGUUUUAGAGCCACCAAGUACCCUGAUCUUUUCCAAUACCACAGGCUCACAGUUAAGCUGCUCAGCUCAUGGGAGUCCAACGCCACACGUCACCUGGAUAACCAGUCCAGAUCAGAGAUCGGUCACCGCUGUUCCUGGACUUAGACAGCUGCUCGGAAAUGGCACCCUCUACUUUCCACCCUUCUUGGCGCAGGAUUUUCGCGCGGAAGUUCACAACGCAAGAUACAGGUGUCGUGGAACCAGCUCAGUGGGAACGGUCCUUUCUCGUGAAGUUACUCUUCGUGCUGUGCUAACGGUGCCUGGUUACGACGUAAGGGUGAAUAGAUCUCCGGUACUGGAGGGGUGUAACGCCGUUCUAUCUUGCACAGCACGGGAAGACGUCAAAGAACACUUGACAGUCACCUCCUGGUUCCGGGACGAUGCUAUUCUUUUACCUGGAACCACGGACACAGGAGGAAGAUUUGUGGUCACCUCCCAAGGUGAUCUUCAUAUAAGGGCUGCCAGACCUGAGGAUGGUAGGGCAACAUAUUCCUGCUUAACCCUUCACGCCUUGACUGGAGAGAGAAGGAGAAGCGAGCCUGCCACGUUAACAGUAACAGAACCAAGCGGAUCCAUGCCACCCAGACUGAUGCAGAGAUCCCAGAUCGCCAUUUCCGCGGAAAGCGGAUCGGAUGUUCAUCUCACCUGCUCGGCUCAAGGAAGUCCACCCCCUCAGUUCACCUGGUAUCGCGAUGUUAACGGACACUCGAUACCAGUAGAGUCGUUCGGUCGCAUUCAACUAUGGGGUGAUUUGAUGCAAAUCCGUCGCGUGGACGCUCAGGAUGCGGGAAGGUACAUUUGCCGAGCUAGCAAUCAGGUUGGUGAGCAACGAGCGGAAACACACCUGUCGGUCACAUCAAAACUGAAUGCCAGGAUCCAACCCCGUGUUCAGAUCAUCAAUUCCGGAGAGUCUGCCACUAUGAAUUGCACGGUGGAGGGUUAUCCGGUCGAGAGCGUCGAGUGGUUGCACGAUGGUGUGCCGGUAUUGACCGCGCAGGACACCAGGAUCAGAUUGCUGGCUCCUCUGGUCCUCGUGAUAGGCUCGGUCGGACGAAAGGAUAAGGGGAUGUAUCAGUGCCUCGUUAGAAGCGACAAGGAAAACGCUCAAGCCACUGCGGAAUUGAAACUAGGGGACACUGUACCGGAGCUACAAUACACCUUCAUCGAGCAAGCCCUACGUCCAGGACCUCCAGUAUCCCUAAGAUGCUCCGCAACAGGAUCUCCGCCUCCAUCCUUCACCUGGCUGUUGGAUGGAGAACCACUGAGUGAAAUCGCAGCUGGACACAGGUACGCGAUAGGACAGUACGUUGAUCAGUCUGGGGACGUAAUCAGUCAUUUGAACAUAUCAUCAGCCGGCGCUGAAGAUGGUGGCCUUUAUGCCUGCGUCGCUUCCAACACCUUGGCUACAGUGGAGCACAAAGCGAGACUGAACAUUUAUGGUCCGCCGUAUAUCCGAUCAAUAGGACCAGUCCGAGCAAUUGCCGGUGUCGAUACCACCAUAGCAUGUCCUUAUUCCGGUUACCCUGUCACGUCGGUUGAGUGGUCCCGUGGUGGAGUUGAACUACCUCUCGACAUAAGACACCGUGUCGAUAGCGAAGGACAUCUUACAAUUGCGAAUGUGGAUCCAAACGAUGCUGGAACCUACACUUGCAUGGUUCGAGCUAGAUCUGGAGAAACUGCCAGUAGAGAUAUUCGACUCACCGUUAGUAGUCCUCCAAUUAUGAGCCCCUUCAAUUUCCCUCCAAACCUGCAGGAAGGCAGUCGAGCUCAGGUCACUUGCAGCGUCACUUCCGGUGAUCUACCGAUCUAUUUCUCCUGGCUGAAAGAUGGAGAACCGUUGCCUUCUUCCUUACGCAUCGAGGAGAGGGUGGCCGACUUCUUCAGUCUGCUCGUUUUUAAGGAACUAUCUUCCCGGCACAGCGGCAAGUACACUUGUGUGGCGACGAACAGCGCGGCUAAAGCCAACCACACGGCCGAACUUUUGGUCAAAGUACCACCGCAAUGGAUCUUUGAACCGCAAGACAUAGCCACCCUCCUUGGUAACCCCUUGAACGUACAUUGCGAGGCGAAGGGAUUCCCGCCACCACGUGUCACAUGGCUGCGUGCCAAGGGUAGAAGUUCCAACGACUACCAACCGUUGGUCGAUGGCACGGACGGCAGGCUAACCAUAUUGCCAAAUGGUUCUUUGUGGACGGCUUCCGCUGGACCCCAAGACGAGGGUCACUACCUCUGUAGAGCGAACAAUGGCAUUGGGUCUGGUCUCAGCAAAGUCAUCUACGUGUCUGUCCAUGAACCAGCGAGAUUCGAAUUCCAAAGCAAAAAUGUUACCAUUCGUCGAGGGGAAUCAGUGACGUUGGACUGUACCGUGAUUGGAGAUAAUCCUAUAGAAGUACAAUGGAUGCACAACAGCGAUCGUCUGGACACAAAUAGCCAUAGACUGAGUAUCAGUCAAAUCAAAACGGACAAUGGAUUAAAGUCGCAGUUGUCUAUAGGGAGCAGCGAUCGUCAGGAUUCAGGGGUCUACAGGUGUACAGCGGAUAAUGCUUAUGGGAGGAGCGAACAUCUCAUUUAUUUAGCUGUUCAAGAGAGGCCAGAUCCACCAGCCUCAUUGGAAGUCAUAGAAAUCGGCUCGCGAUCGAUACGAUUGCUGUGGAAAAGGGCUUUCGAUGGGAACAGUCCGAUACGAAAUUAUGUCAUUCAGUAUCGGUCCCUGAAUCACGGUUUGGCGGAUGAUUGGAAUCCCGCGAAAACGCACAAUGUCACUUAUACACCCGGAAGUUCUAAUAACGGAAACUCCAUCCAUCCCUCUCAGAAUGGAUUGUCCCCUUUUGAAACAACCAGUGAUGAUCAGGAAAUGGCUCUUGUGGGUGGACUCCAUCCGGCUGUAACGUACACCUUUCGUAUAUUCGCUAUAAAUUCCAUAGAUGUGAGCAUACCCACUGAUCCGGUGGUGGCAAAAACUCAGGAAGAAGCACCUACUGAACCACCACAGAAUAUUAAAGUUCAGUCUGCUGGGCCUGGAGAACUUAUGGUUAGCUGGCAGCCGCCUCCAAAAGAGUCCUGUAAUGGAGAUCUAUUAGGCUACAUAGUGACAUGGUCGGAGCAUUCAUCUUCGACGUCAGGUGUCAACCAGAGCAAAAGUUUGACCGUGAACGGAUGGGCGACUACAAAAGUGCAACUCACUGGUCUCAGAAAGUUUACGAAGUACGAUAUAUCGAUCAGAGCUUUCAACAGUAUAGCCAGCGGUCCGGCUAGCAUUCCCAUUGUUGGAACUACUCAGGAAGGAGUGCCAGAGACUCCACCAACCCAGGUGUCCUGUGUUCCUUUAUCUUCCCAGAGUGUAAAAGUAUCCUGGAGUGCACCACCACCCCAUCAACAUGGUGGAAUCAUUCAGGGUUACAAGGUGUACUAUAGACCAGUACCUACUGACAAUAUGGAUAUUUCCACAGUGGGUGAAGUAAAGAAAACCUCCAGUGUGGAAACCUACCUGCACACUUUGUACAAAUACACAAACUACUCUAUUAGGGUACUGGCUUAUACAGGAGCAGGGGAUGGUGUCCUGAGUUCGCCAAUUUUUUGUACAACAGAAGAGGAUGUUCCAGGACCUCCAGCUGGCAUCAAAGCUUUAGCAUUAACGGCAGAAAGUAUAUUAGUUUCGUGGUUGCCCCCCUUGCAACCAAAUGGGAACGUCUCCAAGUACACAGUUUACAGCAGGGAAGCUGGCUCUAGCAACCACAACACCCACACCAUGCACGAACCUCCAUCAUCGCCCACAGAUACACUGACUAUGGAACUUCGAGGUUUAGUUGAGAGGCAAUUGUACGAAUUUUGGGUGUCAGCAACAACUGGGCUGGGUGAAGGAGAAUCAACCACCAUAGUAACACAAAUUACAAACACCAGAGCUCCAGCUAGAGUGGCUUCAUUCUCACAACUUCUGAGAAGAGCAAUUAAAUCAUCAAUCACAUUAUCAUGUUUGGUCGUGGGCAACCCUACACCUCGUCCAAUUUGGACAUAUAGAAACAGUCAGGUAUCUACUGGUCGUCAUUAUGAACUGACUGCUGAUGGUCAUCUUAACAUUCGUGGAUUAGAGCAAUCAGUGGCAGGGAACUAUACUUGUUCAGCCAGCAACUUAUUUGGUAAUGAUUCCGUUACUUAUACUCUGGUUGUUGUGAUGCCUCCCAGGGCACCAACUUUAGAACUUCAAUAUACUACAACAAACAGUAUAAGACUAAGGUGGAAUCAUCCCAAUAAUGGUGGUGCUACUAUUCAAGGCUACGUGUUAAGCUAUAAGAGGGACCAAGGUGGUUGGGAAGAAAUAGCAUUAUCACCUGAACAAACUGAGUUCAUUUUAUCAGGAUUGAAAUGUGGUUCUUCAUAUUUGGCACAUUUGACGGCUCACAAUCGUGUGGGUACUGGAGAUCCAAGUCCUCUGAUCAGUGCAACAACAAAAGGAGCUGCUCCAUUGCUACCAAAGGAACGAGACAUCAUCUCCGCCAAUGGAACAUCCGUAAAAUUGAACCUAUUAUCCUGGCCAAAUGGUGGCUGCCCCAUACAAUACUACACUGUAGAGUACAAGAGACGUAUCAGUACAGAACCAUGGAUUUUAGUAGCGAGUCGUGCCACAGAAAACCUAGUUAUACGAGACUUGAAGACUGCCUCCUGGUACAGUUUACGCCUGACAGCUCACAACGAUGCUGGGUCUACACAAACGAAGAUGGAAUUUGCGACAACCACUCUCAAUGGAGUCAGCAUCGGUCCUCCAAAUGAUCUCAUCAUGGAAGAUGAUGUGAAGAAAGCUAUACCUAAUCAGAAAGUGCUGUAUGUAGUCGUGCCUCUCAUCUGCGCCAUAGUACUCGUUGUUUCAGCUGCCAUUUUGGGAUAUGUGAUGCUGAAACGAAGUGGCAGGGCUAAUUACUUGGGAGAGAUCCUUCCUGGACAGCAACAGAAUCAGCAGUCUGGAUUAGGACUUGUUCAGCUACAGCAGCAACAUCAGCAGCAUCAUCAUCUUUCUAGUUGUAUGUCAACGAUGCAGCUGAAAUCUACGGCUGAAAGAGAUAAUAGACGAAAUCAUCAAGUGUAUACUAGUUCACCAGUGAAACAAGAAAAUCACAAGGCUAAUGAUCAUGGAUCAGAAAUGUACGAGAUUAGCCCGUACGCAACAUUCAGCGUCCCAGGACGAGAGAAUCGUUCAGUGACCACAGCCACUCUCGACUACACCAUGCAAUUUAAAACAUUCGGCCAUUUAGAGAACGAAGACAUCAAUACUAUUGACUACGAGAGGUCCAGUGUAGACUUUGAAAGGUCUAAAACGCCAAGGUGGCACAAGCAACGAUACUUCCCGAGCAUCGCGGAAGCGGAGAGCAAGUUGCGCUCCAGUCGUCAGGGUUCCGGAAGCGACACGUCCGGGAGUCCUUGUGGAGAGUGCGCCGGACCUAGUUACAGAGUACCAGUGAAACCUUGCAGAGAUGUAUUUUCACGAGGAGUGGAAUCGAGUACAGAGUCCAAUAAUGAAGGUUCACCUUCGCUUGCGAGACGACGAAGCCGACAACCGAGCCGGUCUACUCGCAGUUCGGUGGAGGACAUGACGUUAUUGCCGCCAAGCGGGUUCAGCGACAGUCGCGAAUUGAGCGACGUGGAGUGCGACCGUGAUCGCGAUCGUGAUCGUGAUCGAGACUGGCAGGGACUAUCAGCGGGAAUCCGUCACGGUGGCAGCUUGGGUAGACUGCCAAUCGAGGCCGUCGAAUCUAUGCUCGCUAGGUACCAACAAAGGAAAGAACAAGAAAGGCAAGAGUUCACUAUACACGUUUGAUGGAGAUUCAACAAAUCUAGCGGGAAUCUUUGGGUUAACGAUACAGAAGAAAUCGUAAAAACUGUCUAAACGUCUUGCGGAUUGUCAAUGGAAAGCUUUAGUUUUCGAGAAGUGACAGAAGAAAUUGACGAACCGUCGUACUGCAUAGAAAUAAUAAUGUACUAACAUAAAAAUAAUUCGUAUGGAAAUCAGACUAAUCCCAGGGAUGUUCGUUGUAAAAAACUGUUUGCUCACUGUAAAAUACUGAGAAGAAUGUUUAAUAGUAAGAUUGCAAUAAUAUCUGCUUCAAUUACUAUAGUGUUCAAUGUACAAAUACUUGAGCUACUUAAAUGACAAAUUUUGUAAAUGAAACAUAAUUAAGAAAAGAAAAUUGGAAAUUGUAAAGGAUGUAAUUGAACCUUUUUCUCAGUGUGCUGUCAUGUUUUUGUCCUCAAAUUGUACGAUCGACUGCUCUGCGUCUCAUUCGAAUACUGCCGCUGCGUUAUUCGCAAUUUUUAUUCGCGUGACCAUUAAACCUGACCAAUUGCGCAUCGAACGCGUUAUCAGCAACAACUACACGUGAAAGUACCGACAACUACUUUAAAUAUUUUAAAAUCUCAUCUGCUUGGAUGCGAAACUGAGAAAUCAACGUGUCUACUGUCAUCGAUUGAAAGGAAGGUUAGAAAACAAGUCAAUUUAGAGACGGAAUGAUGAAUCACGCACGAGUAUAAUCGACAACUAUUGUAUAGUUAUAGAUAGAUCGUAUACGUAUCGCUAGUCAUGCUGUGUUACCAUGAAUUGUGUAGUUGAACGGAUGAGAUCAUUUGAAAGCAUUGAGACCUUUACUGCCAUCAUCGAAAAACAUCGUUUUAUCAUUAGCGUAAUUACAAACUAUGGUGGAGAUAUCCCCCAUCUUAGGCACACAAAAUUGUGGAUUACCCCUCAUGAUUCUAAAAUUUUAAGAUUCUAAUGUUC